AGAGCUGCGAAAAUCCACCCCCCGUGAUUGCUUCCUAUCCUUUCCAUUCCUCGUCGCCAUCUUCUUUUGAUACCCAUCAUAACCCUCCGCGCCCGUACCGAGAACCUGCACCUGCGCGACCGACCGACGACCUGCUCCACGACCGCCCUCGACCGCAUCAGUUGAUUGAUAGAAUGGCUGCUCCGCGACCGUACAAUAACCCAGGCUCAGGCUACCUCCAAAACGGUGCGAGCGGCCUCCCCCCUCACGGCGCUGCUCCGCUUCUGCCCAACCAGGGCCGCAUCAUCCAGACCGGCCCCAUCAGAGUCCUCUGCAUCGCAGAUGUUCGAGGAAACUUGAGAUCCCUCAACGAUCUCGCGAAACAGGCCCGAGCUGACCACAUCAUCCACACCGGCGACUUCGGCUUCUAUGAUGACACUUCGUUGGAACGAAUCGCCGAGAAGACGCUUAAGCAUGUCGCUCAAUACUCUCCCCUGAUCCCCGAGCCUGUCAAGAAGGCGAUCCAACAAGGCGGACCCGGCCCUGUCAAGACCCGAUUCGCCCCUUCCGACCUGCCCCUCUCCGAGCUUCCCCUCCUCCUUACCGGAGCGCUCAAGCUCGAUGUACCCGUCUACACUGUAUGGGGUGCCUGUGAGGAUGUCCGAGUACUCGAGAAGUUCCGAACCACCGAAUACAAGGUUCCCAACCUGCACAUCAUCGACGAGGCUCGGUCAAUGCUGUUGGAGAUCGGCGGCGUCAAGCUGAGACUACUCGGCCUGGGUGGCGCAGUUGUUAUGCACAAACUGUUUGACAAUGGCGAGGGUCGAACUACCAUUGCCGGUGGACAAGGAACCAUGUGGACGACUCUCCUGCAGAUGGGCGAGCUUGUCGACACUGCGCACCGAGUCUACGACCCUACCGAGACCCGCAUCUUUGUUACUCACGCUUCGCCUGCCCGUGAGGGCAUUCUUAACCAGCUGUCAGUGACGCUCAAGGCCGACUUCUCCAUCUCCGCCGGUCUUCACUUCCGAUAUGGCAGCUCCUACAACGAGUUCAGCGUCAACCCUACGUUGGACCACUACCGCGGAAAGCUUGCCGCAUCCAAGGCCUCCUUCAAUGACGUCUGGGAAACCGUCAAGGGCGAGGUUGAGCCUGCCAUCCAGCAGAACGAAGCCCAACAGAACCUCCUCAAGAACGCUCUGCAGAUCGUCGAGAAGAUGCCCACAACCGCUGCCGGUGGUAACCCCUUCGGUGGACCUGUUGCUGGCCAAGCCGCCCUUGGCCAGGUGGACGAGAGUGCCUUCAAGAACAUGUGGAACUUCAACCUGGCAGAUGCCGCCUUCGGUUACUUGGUUUUGGAGAUCCAGGAUGGUCGCAUUGGUACUGAGAUGCGCGCUCAGGGCUUCAAUUUCUCCCACCGCGGUGCCAAGCAGCAACCCGGUAUGGGCCCGAUCCCCUCCACUGGUGGUCUCCCUGCGCCUCCCUCGACACAGUCCAGUGUUCCCCCCCCCACCAGCCGACAGCCCUCGUCACAGCAGCCUCCCAAGCCUACAGUGGCGACGCCCCUAUCCGCCCCUCCGAAGCCAGCAACCCCCCAGCCUAGCCAGAGUUCUAGCACGCCUGCUCCCCCCCCUCCCGCUAAGGACACCGAGAAGACGACCGUCACCGCCGGCGCAAACGGCUCUGCUAAUGGCCCCGAGCCUGUGUCCUCUCCUGUCCCUAAGACAUCUGCAUCUGACAUUAUUGGCUUGUUCAUUAUGAACGUCAGCUCUGAGGAGCAGUGCCGGGACCUGUUUGAUGACGAGGACAAGCCUAAGAUCGUCAAGGUUGAGAAAUGGGGCAACUCGAACAAGGUUGUUCAGUUCAAGACUCUUGACGACCGUGAUGCUGCCAUGGCCCGGUUGCCCGAGGAGGUGAAGACCCGAACCCAAGAAGAUCGAUCCAAGCCUCUGGUCAAGAUUUUCCAACAUCGUGAGGGCAAGACUUUCAGCACCCGAGGCGGCGCUGGAAACUGGGGCAACAGCGCGCGUGGCGGUGCUACCAACACGAGCGGUUACCGCAGCGCCGGUGGUGCAAGUGAUUCUGAAUCUACCCGACGUGGUGGACGUGGUGUUCGCGGUCGAGGAGGCAUUAAGGGCGAUACCGGUACCUCGUCGCCGGCCGCCGCUCCCUCGACUCCCUCUGCCGAUUAAAUGACUUCUUCGACACCGAAUAUUGAUACAUUCUGCCCUACGAGACCGUGGUCCGCCUUCAUGGCCGCAGCACUUAGCUUCGUCCUUGCGGCAUCCCUGUUUCGUCCGCAUGUGCUUUUAGUUUAGGGGGUGGGGGGACAAGGGGCAGGAGAAACGGAGGAAGGAGUCCUUCCAACUGCGUUUUCAUGUGGGUGUGUGUA